AUGGUGAACGUAUUGAGCAAGAUCGCAGUGCGGUUGCCGGCUUUAAACUCUAAAGCUUCUGGAAUUGCUGUUGCAGCAGUUGCUGCUGGCAUUAUUGUGCUGUGGAAGAAAAAGCUUGACGAGCUGAGUAGUAAAAGGUUGGAUUAUAGAAUUGUACGAACAAUUCAAUCAUGCGAACCAUGGCUUGUUCGCCACUGAGAUUUUUUGCACUUUGCACCGUCACGCAAACUGCACAGCGCGCUGGUGAUUUGAAAGAUAGCGAUGCCUUUUUACUAGAAUUAACUGGCUGAAGCUCGGGUAGCGGAGUACGUGUAUGUUAUUUGUUUUUUAUCUUUUGUAACUUACCUAAAAAGUAUUCCUUCAAUUUGCAGAAAAGAUGUGACUGGUGAUUUGCAUAUUACUUUAGAGGAGGUAAAUAUUAUACACUUAAUUCAUGUUCCCGAGGGAAACAGUUAGUUUUGUUUUCCAGAGAGUCCUGAUCGGGAAACAUCAGGACUCGAGGGAAAAAAAACUAACUAGUUUCCCGAGGGACCAUACAUCAAGUGCUUUGUUACAUAAUUAUUUAGACUUUCCCUUAAACAAUCAUGGGGAAAAAACAUGCUCUUGCAUUCGGCGUGGUUGUGGGCAACAACUGUGCAAUUGUAUCCUGGUCGGGUUAAGAAUCAACCAAUCACAGUGCUCAUUUUGUUGAGUGAAAGUCUUGGUAUAUAAUGAUCAUUAGUGUUUUGAUUUCCCUGCUAAGUAAUUUGAGGCAUUGAUUAAUUUUUUAAUAUAUUUAUGAAACUCGUGUAAGUUUACCCUUUUCUAAUAUUUUCAGGAGAAAAACAGAAAGAAAGGAAAGGCUGCUGUUGAUGGUGUGUUUUUUAGGUAAUAAAAGUUUAUUUACUGUUCACCCUGCAAGAAUUUAGAAUGAAGAGAUGCUCAUGAUCAAUAACACAUUACCAAUAACACAUUGUUUGUUUCCUGUUAAAUUCUUUUGUGCUUAAUGCCAUAAGUGCUACAUGCACAAGAUCUUGCUUAUGCUACAUUAAAAGUCAGUCAUGUGCAUUAAUUGGGUAAAAAACAUCACAUGUGAUUAGUGUUGAUUUUAAUUUUAUGUUACCUCUUUUAAAAGAUGCUGAUUUUUUCACCUUUUUGGAAAAUAGGUUAUUUUUUUGCCCACUGAUAAUGUUAGCCACUCUUCAAACUGGUUAGCAAAAUGUGGUGUUAUUCUCUACUCAUUACGCAGGCAACUGCUCAAGAUUUUAAAAAUUAUCAUCCCUGGAUGGCUUUCACCAGAGGUACUUAACACACAUUAAGCUUUUUAAGAUGUUUGAAGUAUUGUAUACUGAUGUUUUCUGUUUUAUUUGGUAUGAUGGCUUAAAUACUGAAUUCAACCAAUUAUGUGAGUUAUAAUCUAUUGUCAUUUUAAUAUGUUUCUGUUGCAACAUUUGUUUUGGUCAUUAAAGGAAGGAGAGAGUGAGUGGGCUGGGAAUUUUUAACUUCCCAAUCAAGAAAACCUGGUUUAAAAGUUUUUGUUUUUCAAAAUAGAAAUACAGUUGUAACUAUUAAAACUUUGUAGUAGUCAGUCCUCAAGUAAUAUUAUUCAUUACAUCUUUAGAGUGGUUACCUGUUACUUGUUGCUGUAUCUCUAAUAGCUCGGACAUACUGUGAUGUAUGGAUGAUAAACAAUGGGACAUCGAUUGAGAGGUAUGUGUUCAUAUUGUUUAAUGUUUACUGUUUGAUUCUACUAAUCAUUGCACUUUGUAUUUCAAAUAUCAUCUCAAGUUUGUAUUACUUUCAUAUGAUAUGUGGAAUGCUGUGAUUUGUCUGCACACUUCACCAUAAGCCGUAUGACAUUACACAUCACUAUGUGCCAUAUGACAUCACACAACAUCAUGUGCCAUAUGACAUCACACAUCAAACUGUACCAGAUGACAUCACACAUCACACUGUGCCGUAUGACAUCACACAUCACUGUGCUAUAUGACAUCACACAUCACUGUGCUGUAUGACAUCACACAUCACACUGUGCUAUAUGACAUCACACAUCACUGUGCUAUAUGACAUCACACAUCACUGUGCUAUAUGACAUCACACAUCACUGUGCUAUAUGACAUCACACAUCACUCUGUCCAAAGUCAUGUAUCUGGUUUUAGUUGCUACAUGUCGUGGACAAUUUCAUGAGUUCAUGUACUCAACAUGCAGACUUAAUAAACUGUUUUAUAUUUUGUGAUAUAUCAGGUCCAUUAUUGGCGGUGAUUUUGGAGGAUUUAAAGACAAUCUCCUUGCACUGGUUUAUGCAAUGCCAUUUGUAAGUAAAUUCAAAUACUUUUUUCAAAGUUUUAAUCUUUAAAAAUAAGGAAAAGUCUACAUGAGUUGGAUUUUUAUGGGUGAGAUCUCUGAUAUCAUCACCUGAUAUAAAACACAAUUACACCCUAUGUUAAAGUUGAUACAUUAUUGUGUUUUUAUUCUUCACAGAUAUCUGUGAUAAACCAACUCUUAAAGGUGCGUGUAAAAUUUUGAUAUUGACUGAAUCUUAGAAACUUGUAUUGUAUGGAUCCAAAGGUUUUUGCCUUUCUGAAAGCAGAUUUUGUUAUUUUUACUUUGUAUUAAUUUUAUACUCAAAAGUUUCUUCAGUUUCAAUUGCAAAAGUCUUUGGAGUAAUUUGUGCUCUGUUUUUCCUCAUUCAGAGGUUUUAUUAGGUUUGAGGCUAACAUUACUUCUUGUUGUUUUUCAUUACCUUUUCUAGUUUGGAUUAAGUGAACUCAAGUUGAGGUUCCGCUCCAGAUUAACUCUUCAUCUCUUUGAAAAGUAUCUAAGGUAUUUAAAUUGUGAACUCUGUUGUGGAACUGUUUUACUCUAUUUUUGAAGUGUCAAGUAAAAUGCUCUGGGAAAAAAGACCACAGGAUAAAGUUUGAUCUCACUGAAACUUUCUUUUCAGCUCUUUUACUUUCUAUAAAAUGAGCAACUUGGAUAACCGCAUUGCAAAUGCAGAUCAACUUCUAACUCAGGUGGGUGUGUAAAAAAAGAUAACAUGUGAUUUGAGGAAGCACAGCACAGGUCAACUACAAUACCUAACAGAUACUGAAGGUUUAUAAGUGGUUGAUGCAAGUUUAGUAUAUCUAACUGUUACUGGAUUGUCUCUUUUAUGGUCAGAACAAUGUAAAGGGAUCAAUGGUUUGAUAGUUUGUCACCUACUUUUCCAGUUGGUGUAUGUUUUGGUCUUAAGCUUCAUAUUUACUUGCUUGUCUUCUUAUGAAUGUGGUUUCAAGAUUAUCACUAGAAUCUGUAUUUUCUUUUUUCAUUAAGGAUGUGGAUAAAUUCUGCAACAGUCUUGCUGAACUGUACUCCAAUAUAAGUAAAGUGAGUAGUACAAAAUACAGAGUUUUACACUGGGUUUCCCUAUGCUUAGGGUCAGGAUUCAGGAUAUAUUGCACCAAAAUAUUAUUUGUUCCUGGUAGUACAUUUAUUUACAUUUAGUUCUGAUUGGCAGCUGUAUUUACCUGCUUUUUUAUCCUUUUUGAUUACAACUAUUUACAGCCUAUACUUGACAUAGCCAUAUAUGUACAAAGAUUGGCUGGAGCUAUUGGUAUACAGGUUAGUAUAACAGAACCAUCUGCGAAACUUAAUCAAAUAGAUUUAUAUGUCAUUUUAUUCAAUGAAUUUGUAUUUUUCUAAUGUUUACUUUAUCUUAUAAUUGUCACCGUUUUAGGGGCCAGCCAUAAUGUUGGGAUACUUAGCUUUCUCAGGACUUCUGUUAACAAGGUACUGCUAGGAUGUACAUAACUAUACAUUCUUCUCUUUUAAAUGAACACUCUUUAAUGGUCAGUGUGAAAUUUUCCAAUAGCUAACUAUGACUCUGUGUCAAAUUUAUUUUUUAGUAGACAUUAUUCAAUGUAUCACACAUUAAGGAACAGCAACUUUGCUGUUGACUUUGACAUGGCAUAAGACUUGAAUAGAAUAAGACUUGAACAGAAUAAUUUAGUUGAACAUUCCAUGUGAUGAUCCAGGCAUGGGUAGUUGUGAAAAGGACACAGGUAGUUGCCAUUUCAUUAACCUGAACCAAAGCUAUCACCAGAGUGGAUUGUGGAGUUUAAAACCUGACCAAUAAUGGUUUGCUGACUUAAAAACAUAUUGGAUGUUAUGACUUUAUAGAAAUGGGUAUAUUAAUUUAAUAAUUUGGAUUGUUAAAUGAUUGUCAUGCCUGUUUAUGAAAAUAAAAAAUCUAGAUUGCGACGGCCAGUUGGUAGAAUGACAGCUGAUGAACAACAUCUUGAAGGGGAGUUCAGAUAUGUGAACUCAAGGCUCAUAACUAACAGGUAAAUACGAUUAUUGUACAUAAUUGGGAGACUAAAAAUAAAAUGACUCUUAUGCCUUUUCUUUAAUUAGGAGAUGCUUACUCAGUCUACAAAUGAAUAUAAAUUUUAUUUGAGAAUGAUAACGGAGAAAAGUGUUUUUUGUAAUUUAUGUGGUACCUCAGCAUGUUACAGAGAAGGAUGUGUAACCCUCUAGAGUAACUUUACAUGACAAACUGCAAAAAUUGCAGAAUACAGCUGCUUGCAUUCUGACAUUUCAAGGACUAAGGGCAAUACAAGCUACACCCUGAGGGACUCCGAGAACAAACUUAAUGUUCAAAUGACACCACAUUGUGGAAUAGCUGUCAAUCCUUACAAGACUAGGUGUGUGGUAUCCCUGGGGUUGUUGAAAUGAGAAAUCAACAAAACUCUCCAAAGAAUAGCUGAUGAAUUGCUUGUGAUUAAAUUAAAGUUUAAAAAAAGAUCCUGAUUCAGCCACAGAGUGAGUAAGCUGUUUGGCUCAAGCAGGGUGACACAUGGAAAGAGAUCUGUAUAUUCCAUCAGGUAAUAUUACAUAACAUAUGGUUAGGUUAACUGUUUAUUUUGACUUUAAACUUUAGUGAGGAAAUUGCUUUCUACCAAGGAGGGAGAAGGGAAAAACUUACAAUUGAAAGUACAUUUCACAGGCUGGUAAGAAACUUAGAUAAUUGUAAUAAUAGUGAAUGAUUACACAGAAUUCUUUAUUUACAUAUUGUCAUAUUUUUAUUUUUUCGUUUUUUGUACCACCAUUUCUAUCACUUGAUAAUCAAGGCCUUGUUACUUAGUUAUUUGUCUCCACUUGCUGCAACAGGAAUGAAAAGCACCACUGGAUGAUAGAGGAGAUAAAAAUCUGGCCUUUUGGCUUAUUACAUUGUUUUGUUUUUGUAGGUUGAUCAUCUGAGAAAUUUCAUUCAGUUUAGAUCUAGUAUGGGAAUUAUUGACAAUAUUAUAGCAAAAUGUAAGUAUUUUACUGGUACAAGAAUUGACUUUACCUUUAGAUUCAAACACAUUUACAUGUAGUUCUUUUUCUUUUCAUCUAUGAGUAGGAGUCAGUUGGUCUGGUUGUGGACUUUGUGUUUUUUGUUUUACUAAAAGCUCUUAUUUUCAAGAGAAUCAACUCUCUACUGUCUUCCACUUGGCUAAAAGGAAAUGGGAAAAAUUCGUUACAAAGGAUAGUUCCUUUCUGAUUGUGUUUUUUUUCGGUGUGCUGAUUGUAGAUAUAGCUACUGUUGUAGGAUUCUCAGUUGUCAGUCGUCCUUUUCUGAGUGCAUCAAGUACAAGGCACAUCAACAGCACACACAGUGAGAGAAUGGAGGUUUGUUCAAUGCAUUUCUAAGGAUAGCUAGACACAGACAGACGAGCAGUGAGAUAGGAAAAGGGUUAGGGGAACCUGUUGUAACCUGUGGAGAAACAGGCAGAAAGACGGGCAUACACAGAUAGAGGGAAAAUAUCAGACAGACGAACUGUGAGAUUGACAAGGAUGGAUAGACAGACAACAUAUACAGACAGAAGAACUGAGAGACAGACCAAAAGACAGACUGACAGAAAGACUGACAGAAAGACAGACAGACAGACACAGACUGACAGACAGAUAGACAGACAGACAGACACAGACUGACAGACAGAUAGACAGACAGACCUGACAAACAGCAUUAGUGUUCUUGUUAGCUAAAUUUCUUUUUCAAAUUGUGUCAGGACUACUACAGAAGUGGCAGGAUGUUAGUGAAAAUGGCAGAAGCUAUUGGUCGCCUAGUGUUGGCGGGCAGAGAGUUAACUCGACUGGCAGGGUAAGUUGAUGAACAAAAGCACUAAUAAACUCACAUACUACUUGCUUGGCUCUAGAAUUCUCUUCCUUAAAUUUGGGUAACUUGUUUGAAAAAAGGAGUAAUUUAACUAAAACUUGGGUAUCGAUGUGUUUUUCUUCAGGUAUACUUCCAGAGUUUCAGAGCUAAUGACAGUGUUAAAAGACCUUAGUAAAGGAAAAUAUCAACGAACUAUGAUCAAUCAGUCGAGUCCACAGGCAGAGGGAGACAGUGAACGGCAAGGUACAAACCACUGGAGCAAUAUGAAUAUAAUACAAACGUAACACGAUUAUAAUAUAAAUCAUGUUGGGUGAUAUAAAUGCAAGACCUGCGCAUGUGAGUUGACGUGAGGCGAGUUUAAGGGCGUCCUUGUUUUUUUAUGGUUGCGUUUUCUGCGGUUUCUACUGACGACGCGUACAUAACCGAUGGGAAAGUUUCGUACUGGAAUCAGUGGGACUGGAGCAUAUAACAGUGUUGUCCUUGUGCCAGUGCGCUUGUCACGAAACAUAAGCUCAAGAAUAUAUAGGGCCCAAAACCAGAAAAAACUUUGAUAUGCUGUCUUGUACCUUGUUCAGUGCGUGUAGUUAGCUCUUACUUUAUGGUGAGGAAAAAUUAAGGGGAUUAGGGAGAGCCAUACAGAUAACGUUGCCUGGUAUGUAAGUUGAAAACUGGGAGAGAACAGUGCGAGAGCAGGUGCAAGUAACAAUUUCCACAGGCUCGAUAGAAUGAUUAUCUUAUGUUAAGUGCAUGGUACAGUUCACAAUUUAAGAGGCCGUCAUAGGGUGUGGGUUUCAUUUAAGUCAAAAACUGACAGAGUGAAGCAGUUGUUGUUGGUCUAAGGAAACGUUAAUUAGUGAGUCGUCAUCGUCAUCAUCAUAGUAUAGUGUAUUGUAAUUAGUGUUACUGUCGUUCUUGUUGUUCUUACCUUACCGUCAAGCUCACUUAAAUUUGUUGACAGUUCCAAUUUCGACAGAUGGAUUUACUGUUUCCCUUUUUCUUAUUAGAUAAGAUUCCUAGGAGCUCUUUGGUUCCAAACCAAGGCGAAAUAGUUGAAACUGAUCAUCUAAUCAGGUUAGUUCUGUUACACUUUACAGCUUUAAAAUCAUGCUGUACGUUUGAAUUUAUUCUGUAUGAAACCUGUCAUUUAAUAUGAUGGAAGCGAAAAGAUGCAAUUUUUUUUGUUACAGCACUGCACGUCUGCUGUGAAUCAGCUUUAUCAGAUUAGUUUUGUUAUAAUUUUUAGUCAACGUUAAAUGGUCUCGUUUUUCGUGGCUAUGGGGGUUAAUUGUUGCAUAAUGAAGUUAUCAAAAUAACAAGAACAAAUAUUUAUUACCACUAAUUACUGAAUGAAAACAACAAAAAAACACACGAAAAUGGUGCUAUAGGGAACUGACUGUGUGUGUGACUCGACAAGUGAAACAGUCUUUCUUUUUUUAACAGAUUUGAACAUGUUCCUCUGGUUACACCCAAUGGAGACAUUCUAGUGAACGACCUUUCGUUUGAGGUGAGAACCGUCCCUCUAAGGUAAAUAUGUAACACUUGGCUUGGAUGUAAUAAUUUACUGUCUGCACUCACUGAUCGGAAUCAUUACGGUGAUUUAACCAAUCAUGAUACGGUAAACACCGUGCUUCUUUCGCUCCGUGGACCAUGGAGGUUUUAGUGUUUUUUUAGUGAUUUGUAUUUGUAGUGAUACUUAUGGGUGACCGUAAAACAAUUUCUCGUUAAGGUUUUGUUAUGAUGGCAUAUCUUGUACAUGUAGCUACUCUAUUUUUUCUCCACAGGUACGUUCGGGCAUGAAUGUGUUAGUUUGCGGGCCAAAUGGAUGUGGAAAAAGUUCCUUGUUCAGGAUUUUGGGAGAGGUAACAUUGUUAGAAUACUGGAUGUUAGUCAAUAAACAAAUGUUAAUCAAGUAAACUUCUUUAGAGAAAUUAACAAUAUUCAUAACAAUUUUAUUUUAGAGCCCUUCUCUUCUGGCAAAUUGGCAUUUAAUAUCAAGCUCUUUUUAAGUAGCUCAGUAUUGUUUACACUUGGUUUAAUAUUGAGGUGUUUUGUUUGAUAGCUAUGGCCGCUGUUUGGUGGUAAAUUAGUAAAACCAAACAAGAGCAAGCUUUUCUAUGUACCACAGGUUAGUGAUGGUUAAACAGGGACAAGUUUUAAGAUUUUUCGGGGUACAAAAGAUAUUCUAUUUUCUACACUAUUGCGAUAGUUUGUUACUAUUGUUAUUGUUAUUAUUAUUAUUAUUAUUAUUAUUAUUAUUAUUAUCAUUAUUAUUAUUAUUAUUAUUAUUAUUAUUAUUAUUAUUACUGAAUAAGUUGUUAAUCAGGUAACUUAAAAAAAUGACUUUGUCUUCGGCGUGCGCACAAUCGUUCCCAAAUGUUAUUUUUCAGCGUCCUUACAUGGCCCUCGGAACGUUGCGGGAUCAGGUGAUUUAUCCCGACACUGUGGAAGAUUUGCACCGGAAAGGACUUACAGACCGAGACCUUGAGGAUUAUCUAAAACAGGUUCAUGAUUUAUUAACUCAUCAAGUUCCUAUUGAAAGACGCAACUUCAUUUUCACUCACAAUAAUAACCGCACAUGUCACGGAUCGAAUGUUUAAGUUAGAAAAUCAGAUAUCUCUCAUAUUGUUAGUUAACCUUCACUUUUUCCCACAUUAAUUCGUGAACUUGUGUUUCAGGUUCAUCUUGGUAAUAUUCUUGAGCGGGAAGGAAGCUGGGACUCGAUCCAGGUAAACUAAUGAAGUGUCAAUGACGUGUGAAGUGUAUCUUGUAAAUCAUGUUCAAUGUUCUUGCGGUAAAGAAGGAGAAGAGUGUCUUAAUCUUUUUAAUGAAGAAAUAUGUAUGUUUUUUAUUUCUCUAGGAUUGGAUGGAUGUUCUGAGUGGUGGUGAGAAACAAAGGAUGGCAGUAAGUAUGCAUUGUGUCUUGGUCACUUUCCUGUUUACCUUUGUGGUACUGAACGACAACAUGAGCUAAUGUUCUGAUUUGUUUUAAUUUGAAGAGUGGUGUCUAUGAUAUUAACGGCCUCUUUUCUAUACCGUUAUUAGAUGGCUCGUCUUUUCUACCACAAACCUCAGUUUGCUAUUCUGGAUGAAUGCACUAGUGCAGUUAGUGUGGAUGUGGAGGGUUUCAUGUAUACACGCUGUAGAGAGGUAUGCCUUCAAUCUAGUUAAAAUUCUGGUCAGCAGACACCCGCCAAUGGGAAGUUUUAAAAUACAGGCUAUUUUUUUGUCUUAGUCUCUAAAGUGGGCCCCUUAGACCGACGGAAGGUUCUACUGUAUUUUUGAUAUUCUUGUCUUCUCCAGAACAAUUUUGCAUGUAGAAUAUUGUUGAUGGUAUUCGUGCCAGCAAGUGUUAAGGAAUACUUCCUUUGAUCAUCAAGCCAUAAAUACAUUGUUUUCUGCAUCUAGGUUGGCAUCACAUUAUUUACUGUCUCACAUCGCAAGUCGUUGUGGAAAUACCACGAGGUUUGUAAUUAUUUUGUUUUAUAUACUCCUUUGUUUAUGAAUUUUCAAUCAGCAUUGCUGCAAUAGAUUGCCUUCCGUCAGUUGUACCUUGUUCAAGGGCGGUUUCUUUUUGAUACGUAUACAUCAAUCUCACAAUGCCCAUUCCCCCACCUCCCCUUCCCCUCAACAAGAUAAAAAGUGUUGGAAGCAGCGGAGUUCCGGAUUUGUUCGAGUUACUUUCUCUAUUGCUGAAACUGGUAAAACCUAAAUGAGCUUUAAAAGGCAAAAUCUGACCAAUCGGUUUAAAGAAGUCAGACAUUAACAUUUGAUAGACGUGAGUUACUCUCAGUCACGGUCUCCGCCGUCAGUCCGUAGCAGGACUCGAUUCAACCUUCUCUGUUGCUAUCAAGACAAGAUAAGGGGGACAAUGCUUGGAGAAUAGACACUUCUCUUUCUAACCUGGUAUUUUUUCUCUGUCUUUAUCUUCAGUAUGUUUUGUACAUGGACGGCAGAGGCUCGUAUGAGUACAAACCGAUUGAUUCUGCUACUACAGAGUUUGGUUCCUAAACAUCCUACUCUGACCUCGAUACACGCCACCCGUCGAUCAACAACUACAACUGCACACUCAGAACACCGAUCGAUCCUUCAACUUCUAUCCCACUUAGCACUCGCCAAUCAAUUAAACUGCCCUACCCAACAAGUCUCAACUGCCUCCUCUUUUCAGGUUUUGUCUUAUUCUGUAUUGUAUGGUGGUUUUAUUGACCUAGAACUUUUAAUUCGUUGCAAACUUGGGUUAUUAUUUCAAGGAGAUCAUGACGUCACAAUAACGCAAAUAUUCUGACUCUGGUGAAACUACCCUAACCAAGAAAAAUACAAGUCACAUGUCGUGUUUGUCUGCGAGUAGGCAUGUGACCAUAUCGGUCAGCCUGAAAAGGCAGGGAAACAUUCUGCCUCGCCUAUCUGAUAACUAAACAAGAGGUGUCAAAUGGAUCGAGUUUUUUAAAACAAUAACCAUGAUUAAAUUUUUGAACUUCGUAACACAUUAUAAUGUUCAGUGGCGCUACGCAAAAGUGUGUUUUAAAAAGAUUGCUUGAAAGUGUUACUUUUAUUUGGUGGUCGGCCGAUGAUAGGUAAACUUCAUCUUUUAAUGAUCGGGGAACAGAUGCAAAUGUUGCAAGUCGGUGGUAUCUCUCUGUUUCUGUUUGGCACAGAAUUGCACCUGCCACAAGCUGUGCGUUUUUGUUGCUAAAUCUCGACUGAGAGUUUUUUCAGGAAUUCCUGUCAGGAGCAGGGCCUGGGAGAAUUCCUUUUAUUCCAUCUAUAUGUAACAGUCGUUAUCCCUCGGGAAGGGAGUAGCUUAUCAAAACUACAAAGGGGUGGGGAGGGUGGUGACUUUGA